AUGUUCUUCUCACAGCAACAAGGGACAACCACCAACAGCAUAACAGACUCAUCUUCUUCAAUAGUGCCAUCAUUAGAUUGGAAUUAUGUGAGAGAAGCAAUAUCCUCCAUUUCCGAUAUGGGAGAUUCCGAGUUUUCGUCGCUUUUCGAUCGAGUCGAAACACAUUUGAUAAAGAUAGGAAAUAUCAAUGACAAAUCGGAGAACUUUUUAACAGAGAAAAUCAGAAUUUAUAAUUUAUUUGGAUAUUUAAAUUACUUGAAUUGCGACAUUGACAAAGCUGAAGAGUAUUUCAUGAAAGCUCAAAGCACCAUUCAAUUGUUAAUUAAUUUCAAAACCGAAAAAAUUAAAAAUUUAAUGCAAAUACAUGUCACCAACAACCUAGGAGUUAUCCAAUUGCAAAAUGGAAAGAUAAAGGAAGCAAUAGACACAUUUACCAAUGCACUAAGAAUAUGUUUGGAAAACGAAAAGAAAUAUCAUGAAUUUAGACACAUUUCCACGACUCCUUUUUUAAAUUUAGGAUUAAUAUAUUUAAAGAUACAAAACGAUCUCGACAAAAGCGAAGAAUGUUUUCUCAAGGUCAUUGAGAGAGAUAGUUUUUCAUUUGAAGCAUGGAUAAAUUUAUCCGAUAUUUACACAAUUUAUGAAGAUUAUGAGGAAGCUCUUAAAUGUUGCUACAAGGCAAAAAAGAUCAAUCCACAAAACUCUCGUGUGUUGACCACGUGUGCUCUGAUCAAGCAUAGAAUGGGAUGGGACUCUGAGGCCAUUCACAUUCUUGAUGAAGCAAAGCAGAGAGAUCCCAAUAAUCCAUCAAUUUACACCCUCUUUGGAGUUAUUUAUCGAGAACGACAAAUGCAUGAAAUUGCCAUUGAAUGUUUUUUAAAGGCUAUGGACUUGUCUCCUUAUCAAAUAUUUUCACUUGAGAAUAUUAUUGAUAUUUAUUUGGAAAAUGGUCAAUAUGAUCUGGCUCACAAAUUACUUGAACAAUCAAUGAUGAAAAUUCCGUUAUUUAUACCAACACUUCAGUUGAAACGAAGCGUAUUUCACAUGAUUGGUUUCGAAACAAACACGAUUAAUACUAGUACUGAUUCUGAAUUACCAAUGGAAAAUUUAUUGAAAUGCUCGCAAUUAGAGUUGCUUCAUGGGCAUUUACCUUUUGGAAUCAGAUCUAAACUAGUAGAGAAAUCAUCUCUUCAUAACAUUUCUCUCACUAAAUUUCACAACGGAGAUGUUGAAGGAGCUCUUUAUACUCUAUUGAAUGGAUAUCAAAUCGACUCCUCUAUUUUCACACAAGAUAUUUACAAUAAUUCUACCAUUCAAAACAUGUGCUCUCUCUAUCCACAUGCUAUCAAAUUAUUAUGGAUGUACUUUAUCAAGUUAGGGUCGCCAGUGACAGCACUAGUGCUCAUGAAAAUUCUCUACGACAAGCAUAUCAUGUUAGGUAAGAAACCAGGGAGUCGUGAUUGCUCUGUCAUGUUUUGGUAUUAUGCAGCACUGGCCUAUGCAGGAAUACCUUGGCGACUUGUUGAUUAUUCGAAAUUUAUUUUUGAGGAUGUCAAUAAGCGCGAUGACUUUCCAUAUUAUUUACAAGUAUUGGCUUAUAAUAGAAUGGAAGUUUCUGAGAGUGGAGAACAGCUCGAUGAAUUGACGAGACAACAUGUUGAAAAAUGUUUUGAAGAGAUGAAAUCAAUUCAAGAUUACGUUGCUAUCACGUAUGAGAAAGUUAUGUUCUCGUUGAGAAAUGGAGAUUAUAACUCUGCGAGUAGUAUGCUCCCAAAACAGCCAAUUUCAGAAAUGAUUCCAGACUUUCAGUUUUUGAUGGCAAAGAUCUUGUACAAGAAGAAGAGUUCCAUUGCAGCUCGACAAGCGUUGCAAAUCAUUACACUUCUUCUAAGAAGAUGCCCCAAACAUUUCGAAUACCUCUAUUUACGUUUAAAAUUAUUUCUAUUGUUGGAUGAAAACAAUUUUAGAAAUCACUACAAGGAUUUCUCUCCAAUCACUUUGGAAUUUUCAAUCAAAAAGUUGAAACUUGGUGUGAAAUAUUAUAUCAAUCAUUUCGAUCCCGAGAAAGCUCAAGAAGAAUUAGAAAAGCUUGAAAAACUUGUCGAGAAUGUUGCCAAUUGGAGGGAUAAAAAUCAACUUUCAGAGUUUGAACGAGCUAUUCAUGAUCGAAAGUACAAGACAUCCAUUCGAUUUCUAAAAGCGAACAUCAAAUAUAUUUCUACGGAGAGCUAUUAUUCUAUAUUGAAUUUAAUGAGUGACAUUACGCCCAUCUAUUUGAAAAAGCCAAAAACCUUAAUAUUUGAAUUGAAGUACACACAAUUGGCUCCAACGAAUCAAUAUUACUUGACUCAGUUUUUCGAGAAGGCAGAUAAUACUCUAAAACUUCUAGAUAUCAAGUCACAAACACUAUGUUGGCAGUUUAUUAUCUUGUAUUGCCUUCGAAACGGAAUGAAAAGACAAGCGUUGUCUGUAUUGAACAAUAUGGGUUCCACUCGAUUUGCGAGAGUGGACACUCUGUAUGCCUUAUGUGCAAUUGCAUUCAUGUUGGAUAUGAGCGAUAAUUUGGAGUCUUAUUUAUCGAAGGUAGAUCUUAGUAUGAUUCGUUAUCACUCCAAGUCCAAUGUCACCAAGAAAAUUUUAUCUGAAUUUGACAUGUUUAAACUUAGAGUGAUUAUAAGCAAGAUGCAACGAGCGACGAAAUUUCCUUCUGAAUUCCAAACUCAUAUUGAGGAAUUUAGAAUUACCUUCAAUUCAUGCUUUCCAUUUUUAGACUAUCUGAAAACUCUCUACAAGGAGCAAAUUGUUGAUCAUAUCAUUACUAAUUAUCUUCUCCUAACAAGCCAUUUAACAUCACAGGACACAAUUAUUCAACGAUUGCUAAAUGAAUCUCCAGAUCUAUUACCCCUCUCAUAUAUUCAAAGUCUCAUUGAAUCAACCACAAACUAUCCAGAAAAGAAGAAACUGUUUGACGCUCACCGAAAGAGUUUCUCUGAAACGGUAUCCUUAGAAGAUAGAACCAAUUUUCAAGUUUUGGAAUGUCUCAAAAAUAAUGACAAAACCUUGUUGACAACUUCUACAUUGGCAACUACUGACACUUUCUUAUUUUGUAAAAAGUGCUUUAGUGCAACAUUAGAAACCAUUACUGAACAAUUAUCAAACAUAAUCUUUGAGAAGAAAAAACUGUCACUGGACAUGAUGAAAGCUCUUAAUAUUAUGUUGAAAGGACAAGUUGAUAGUGUCACCUAUCAGUGGUUGUCUUAUGAGAUUUUUAAAAGAGAAGAAACAAUUCCGUUUUUUGAGAAGAUUCAACAAACCAAAUCUUCUUAUUCAAUGACAGAAAGAAAUAUUUUCAUUUCAAUAGAAGGACUUCCUUUCAAUCAAAAUUAUGUGAAAACUGUUCAAAGUAUCUACGAUCGCUAUGAGCAACCAAUCAUUAGAAAUGGACACUUGUUAUUGGCUCAUAUUUUAAGAAUUUCACAUACUAAGGAAACUCCUCUUUACAUUGAUGAAAGUCAGAAAGCAUCAUUACCUUGGUUCUUGACUCACACAUCGAUGGACUCGCUCAUUCAAGAACUUUUUUCAAAAUUCACAGAGUGCAUUCAAUCUAAAGAGAUAGAGAUAAUCAAAACCAGGCCUACUCCAGAGAAUCCUGAAUCAAUGGUUAGCCAACAGUUUCAACAAUUGUUUUUAGAUGGCGACAAGAACAAAUUAUUUUGGAAAUGCAUUUCUUACAUUUUUUCAAGCGAAAAAGAUGGACAAAACACUCUGAGAGAACGUUUACAGUUACUUUCAAAUAUUGCUUCCAACGUAAAUGUCACCACUGAGGAAAUCAUUCGCAUUAAUUUUGAAUUUAUUUUACAUGAAUGGAGAAUUCGAGAUUCCACAUUUAAUUACAGAUUUUCAAAAAUUCAAGAGAAAACGAAUGGUGAAUUUCUUUUAAAGUUUUGUUCACUUUUCUUUACGUUAAAGGAACAUUUUACUAGAAUGUCCACCCAAGCAGGAAAUUCAAUGGCCUUAACAAUUUCCGAAUCAAUAUUCAACACAGUAUUCAAAGAAUCCCAACUAUCGAUUCGAAAAUCCUCUCAUACAGAAUGGAAAGAAUUUGUACAGUAUAUUUCAUCAAAAAGAGAAUCUCCAAUGGACAAGACUUGGAAUUUCACACUCUAUCGUUUGAAAACUUUUGAAUGCGAUUGGAGAGUUUGGUUUUCCAUUCUAUGCUUGCAAUGUAAUACGAACCAAAACUUGGAUGAUACGAUCAAAGGUUCUUUACUGACAUUAUUUUUUGAAGCAGUAUUAAGGACAUGCUACUGUGCUUCAUCAUACGGUAAUAGUACUGUUUCGUUAAGCAGUGAAAAGAGUGUGGCACAUUUUCUUUUUACUCAACAAAAAGAACGAUUGAAAAUUGAUGAACUGUUAUACCACCUUUCAAGUUAUCACACACCUUGUAGCAUGGAUUUAUUUGCCUAUCAGCAUGACGAUGAUCCAGCACAUGAGGAGAUGUCCUCUAUUUUCAAGUGUGUUCGCUCCUUAAUUCCCAAUUUUUUCAAUUUCAUAUCAAAGUUAACCACUGAAAAAGACAAGUACUUCACAGAGAUACAAUACCUCAUUAGGAUCAUGGCAAAUCUCUUGGAAUUUGGAUUUUUAGAACCAAUCAUGAUUCUUGAGAAUGUAAAUUUAGUGACCGUUUGGGCACAGAUGUUAAAUUUCAUUUUAGAAUUUCGCGCCAUGUUUCAAGAACAGGAAUUUUCAAUAUUACUAUCAAACUUUUUAUGUGAAGACAAGAAAAUCCGUACCUCAAGAAAAAUCUAUUAUUCAUUGAGAAGUGUCAAUUUUCUAUUGGAAUUUCUGAACUCUACCUCUGAAGACAUUUUAUUGGAUUUUUUGGAAUUGGAAAUCAUCUCAAAAACUGAUCUUCCUCCACUGAAGAAUGAAUUAAUGACCAUUCACAGAGUUUUAAACAAGGGAUUGGACUGUAAUAUUGAGCAAUUACAAUUCACAACAAGCUUAAUUUCUCUCUUCAAAUCCAUUGGAAAAUUAUUACCACCUGAUCACUCACACAAAUGGCUCACGUUCGUGAAAUUUAUUGAAUUUUCAAAAUUAUCCAAUAAUAAUGAUACAACAACAUGGGAAAUUAGAAUCUAUUAUGAAGGAUUAGAACAAAAUGACUCACUCCUCUUACUUGUCCCAGUUGGAAACAUUUACUCGAAUGAAUACAUGUUGGAAACUCAAACAAGUUGUCUCGUGCAAAGUUUGACAGAGAAAAAUCGAGAAAUUGGAAUAUUAUCGCAUUUAAAAAUUGGAACCACACUAUUCAAGAUGAUAUCAUCUGGUGAGUCCUUGGAUUUAAGAAGUGUGAAAUCGUUAUACUUUGCCACGUCGUCGUAUGAAAAGAAGCAAGAGUCCAAUGUUUCAUAUUUUCUUUCGAACUAUGCUGCUAGAAAACAUUCACUUUUGUCGUUGGAUGUUGAGACCAAAAAGAAGCAAGUGUCAACAACAUCUACUUCUGUGCAACAGUUAGCUUCGAACGUGAUUAUUACAAGAUACUCCAUGUAUAACAAUAGUUGGUAUGAAAAGUUAGAUAAAUUAAUUAAGGAGCUUGCACGAUGGUCUGCUGUGUGUUGGUUUAUAGGCCUUUCUAUGCGAUCAAGAGAUAGCUCCAUAAGAAUUAAUAUCGAGAAGGCACAAUUGAUACAUGAUGAGUUGUGUUACACCUUAUUGUACGGCAUUUCUAAGGAACAUGUCCAACCGUUUCGAUACGAUGCAGAUAUCGAAGCAAUUAUUCAGUCGUACGGAACAAGUGGAAUUCAGAUAUUUGAAAAAGAAUUGUACACAAUGGUGAAUAUGUUGCUGUCCCCUUUGCAAAUUCAGAAAACUUUAUUCUACAUUUCCUUAUUGACAGAAAAUGAUUGCAAACUUGUGAGCGACCAUGGAGAUGAUUCGUCUCAAAGCAACUACUUGUCUAUGCUUCAUGUGGACCGGUACAACUUGGACACCAACGAGAAAAUACCAAGAGGUGACAAGUAUUUGUACAAAUUACUGAAGAGAAAUUUCAAAUUGGAAAAAAUGUUAGAGCCUGAGUUAAGAAGAGAGCUACAAAGUACAGCUGCUGGUCGCGGCACUCAACAAUUGGCUCUUAAAGAACAUGAUGUUGCACUUAAAUCAGUUACUCAUCAUCGUUCUCCAUACCUUGAACUUAAUGAUAGGAUUGUUGAUUUGUUUUUGAGUCGUGUACAUGGCUGGCUACUCAUAUUUAAUGCUGUGUCAACAUCUAAGGACGAAGAGAUCACAUUUGAAAAUUGUGGAAUUAGAUGUACCAACAUUCAACAACUGUGCAGUGAAUUAAUCGCUCAAAGCAAGUUGUUCUCAAGAAGUUCAAAAUAA